GAGAAGCACAAUGAGCACUAUACCACCAGUAACUGGUAGCAAUAGGAAGCCACUAGGGAAGAGGAGAUAUCAGGAAGUGAAUCAAGUUCCACAUCAGGCUUUACAAUAUUCUUUAGAAACUGAUGAUGAAGCUUUGGAUAUUAAGUGA